AUGGAGUAUGACGCGGUGAUGCGAGAACAACUACAGCUAGGAGUUGUUGAGAAAGGGAAUCAUAAAGCGAAGAGAAAGGAAUUCUAUCUGCCACACAAAGCAGUCGUAAUGAAGGACGCUGAAACUUACGAAACUACGAAUUGUCUCUUGAGCGUCAUUGCCCGUAAUCGAUUUCAUGCAGUAGCUAUCGCUGGAGAUCUGAAAAAGGCCUUUCUACAGGUGCGAGUGCGUGAAAGUGAACAAGAUUCCUUACGUUUUCACUGGAUCAAGAACGUCAACAGUAGUGAAAUAGAAGUGCUUCGAUUCAUUCAAGUGGUGUUUGGGCUAACACCAUCGCCUUUCUUUCUCAACAGAGUGCUCCAGGAACACCUUAACAUCUUAGAAAACCGUUAUCCCGAGGUCGUCGAGGAUAUUCGCAAGAGCUUAUACGUGGACAAUUUGAUUUCGGGAGCAUCUGUCACCGAGUAG